CGUGGUCCCGCCUCCAAAUUUGGACCGGAAGAACGGGGGAAGCGUAAACUUUGGGGUGUAUAUAAACCGGACAGUUCGCAGAGUUUCCAGCAAAAGCUUCAAGACUUCAACAGACGCGGGUCUUCAGAGAGAAACUUCAGCAGCGAACCGCAACCGACGACUUUUCUUCCUUAGUUUCUCAGCAAAUCUUUCAAAGAAGCACUCGCCAGGUCUUCAGUACAGUUUCAUUUCUACAACAGCGACCGAAGAUCUUUUCUUGUUCUUGAGAGAUGGAGUUUUCUGGGUUGAACAUCGUCCUCCUUGCCGUGCUGGCCGCCUGUACCCUGACCGAGGGAGCCGUGAGGACCAUACGGUCGCGGGGAGACACCGUGCCGCCUGGACAUACCGGCAGCUCGCAGACGGACGGUAGCUCAGUGAGCACGGGAACAGACGCGAAUGGGAAUUGCGUCUACUCGUUCCACGUGCCGAUGGACGCCAUCAACCUGCGGCCCUGUCCGGACAGUACCGACUCGCAGGCGAUGGCGCAGCUUCGUGCCGACAUGGCCGCCCAGGCCACCGCAGCGAACUCACGGAUCACGGACCUAGCCGCACAGGUCGAGCUUCUGCAGGAGAGCCUUGCAGCUCAGCAGCGCCACAUAGAGGUCCUUCAGAGAACUGCAGAAAUGCAAGCCUCCAGCUCACCCAACCACGUGCCCGGAGUCCUGCGCCCUUACCGCCUCUUCGGCAAGAAAUAAAAUAAAGACAACUCUCAACUAGCGAUGUAAAAAUGUCUGGCUAACCAUGCGUGAAAACCACGCUAUGCAAAAUGUGGAGCCUCUACCAGGCUUCGGGAGGCGGGUGGAAAGAGUAGUAGAAAUUGGCCGAAUAGAGAGAUAACAUGCCAGGGGAGUUGGUCUGCUGGAGAGAACAGUUUGUCCAACCAACUCCCAAAGCCUGGUAGAGGCUACAAAAUGUGUAGAUAUUGAACAUAUCGUAUUUAUUCUAGAUUUGUUUGUAACUUUUGAAUGCAUUCUGGAAAUGCAACUCUCAGGCAAUUAUCAUUUGUAAUGAUCUAAAUCUAACUCCUUCAUAGAUUAUGAUUAUAUAUAACGUUACAUGUACUCAAGCUCAUUGUAAAUAAUGUGAAUCUUUGUAGAUGGUUAAGUAGUUUAAUAAGUAAUGAUUUACUGUCAUACACAAUUUCGACAUUUCAAAAUGACCAGUACAUGUAUUUUAAUGUUAACUUAUAAACUGGAAAUCCGACUGGAUCCUUAGAUUGCUAUGUCAGAAAAUUGUAGGCGGAUUUUUGUCCAAAUCCUACUUGACCAAACA